CUACCCCCCACCACACCCUGUUUCUCUCUCUCCCUCUUUGUCUGUCUUUGUGCCACUGAGUUGCUCUCUCUGCUCAAUGUAGUCAGGUUGGGUGGUAAGAGGGGAAUGUAUAUAGCAGAGACGAUGGGUCUUACAGAGUGUGGGAGAUGAGAGUGUGAGGGUCUUUUAGGAACAAGAGUGCGGAGCACGAGUGUGUGUGUGUGUGUGAAUAUCCGUGGGGGUGAGCUUCUCCUGUGUCACAUUCCAGCUUCCAGGGCUCGAUCCCUGCCUGCUGAGAGACGGACCUGGAAAACUUUGGAAAAUCAUUAUUGGAAAACUGUGAUUGGAAGCUGGAAAGUCUAUUAAAACUAUCCCUUUUGUGACUUCAUAUUGUUGCUGUAGGAGUGACUCCCCCUCUGCUGCUGUUGUUUUUGAGUCUCUGGGCUUUGGAUAGUGGUCUCACUGGAGCCGUGCUGAUGCUCUCCGGAUUACUACGGCCAGAGGGGAGAGAACAUGGAACUUUAACCGUGUUUCGUUGGAAGGGAUUUAUAAUCUGGAUCAUAGAUAUUGACAGAGAAGACUGCUGUCCUGUUCUCGGCUGACAGAAGAGAGAACCCAAUACAGACUUUAUGGAAGGGGGUAGCCAGAAAUUGUUUCCAUAAAACCAUACAGAAUUGAAGACCACAGUCAGCCAAGUCUGACUUAUACACAGAAGAUAUGAACCUUGGCCUCUCUCAUGCCAGAGAGAGACAGUUAGUGACAUCAUCAUGAAUGCCCCGCCCACAGGAAGCCCCAGCCAAAAUAUGGAGGUGAAGGUGGUCUCCCAGGAGAUGGCUUUGUUUAGCAACGCCCUGGCAGCCUACACCUUCAUAGCAGACCAGCCUGAGCGAGUAACUCUGGUGUUUGUUAGUGGUGUGUGUGUGGGUCUCCUCCUCACCCUCUGUGCCCUCGUGGUCCAGAUACACUGUCGCACUGACUGUCACUACAGUAACCGACGACGACAUCACCAUCAGCAUAGCAACAGGCAUCACCACCAUCACCAUGGGGACCAUCCCUGUCACCACCAUCCCCAACCUGGCAACCCUAACACAAGCAAUCCCGGCGUAACCACAGAGACGAGCAGAGACAGCGAAUCAGUGGAGUGGGACGACGGGACUUCUGACCUAUCGGCUCGACGACGGAGGCGAUUUGAGAGAACGCUGCUGCACACUAGCAUGUUCACAUCCAUAGAAGAGUUGGAGCGAGCUCAGAGGGUUGAGGAGAGAGAGAGGAUCAUACAAGAGAUCUGGAUGAACGGACAUCCCGACGUCAACACUGUCACACGCAGCCUCAACCGAUACUACUGACAGGGACAGAGAAAACAGGGCGAAAAAAAGAUGGAUAGACAGACAAACGGACAAAGAGGAAGGAUAAUAUACACUUUUGGACAGGGUCGCAUCGAGAGGCUCAUGAAGCACAGGUGUGGACAGGACUGUUAGCCAGGGUGAGUGGGUACAAUGACACUGGGCCACAGAACCAUGGGUGUGUCUGAGAACACCAGACUGAUGUCACGACAGGUUAUGAACCCGGGUCCCCCAUUGGAGAAACCAACGUCUUGUCCAUUAGACCAAGAGGAAAUGACCAAGAGCAACCAUGAACCUGACUCCAUUACACUUAACCCACAGCUUUUAGAUCUGUGAUGAGGAGAAUGCCUCCUGAUUGUGGACCAGGAUGGUUCCUCCGGGGUCAGACCCUUUUCAAAUACUGAGGUGGAUGAUGUCACCACCUAGUGGACACCAUCCCCAUCACCGUUGACAAAGACACACAAUUCACCUCUGUGGAAAACUCUGAUUUCCUAGCCGAACGUACCGCACUACGUUGUACCUGACUGGCACGGUCAUACACAGCACGGUUCACUACCAGGACAAGGAACACAGAGAAAACCUGUUAACUAAAACAUUUCAUGUUUGCCUUCACUCAAUCUUAAUGUGUAUUUAAUUGAUCCACUCUUGUCUUUUGUAAAUAAAUUCAUUUUUAUCAAAUAGAAAAACUUUGUUUGUUUGU